AUGAACAACUCCAGCCUUAAUAUGGAAAUGCCGUGCCCUUAUGCCGUAUCUGCAACCUUCACAACACUGUUGGCCGUUAUCAGUUUGGCUGCAAUUAUUGGCAAUGUACUAGUCAUCGCUGUCGUGUACAAGGUUCCAUACCUCAGAACAAGUACCAAUUACUAUUACGUCAAUAUGGCGGUGUCUGAUUUUCUCUCCUGUCUUAUCACCUGGCCACUAUACCUCACUGACGAGAUUAUAACAAGCCGUGGAAGUCUUAUCAAAGGCUUUGUAGCCACGGCUGGCUGCAAAGUGGGGGUGUUCAUGAGAAAUGUUUCCCAUUCAGUCUCUAUUCUAAGCUUAUUUUUGAUAGCUGUCGACAGGUUCAUCGCCACUAAGUACCCGUUAAAAGUCACCUUGUUAACAAAGAAAAUUCGUGCGUCAUUGUUGCUUUCAUCAUGGGUCAUAUCCAUAGGUUAUUGUUUCCCGACGUUUCUGUAUGCAGUAAUUGACAAAGUUGGACACGAAUCAUUCUGCAGAUUAGCUCUAGCUGCAGACAAGACCAUGCCAUUAUAUUUAUUUGCAGUUAUUCUAAUUAUCAUUUUGUAUUCCGCAAUUACCAUUCUGUAUCUUCGCAUCAUGAGCGUGUUACAGAGACGACUUCAACCAGAAGACGGUACGGAGGACAUAGUUGGAAAUGAACAGAAGAGAGCCAGGCACAAUCGAAACGUGAUGAAGAUAUUCAAGUCUAUCGUCGUAGCAUUUUUUAUUUGCUGGUUCCUUUUCUGUGGCUACAUGAUUCUUAAAAUUUUUUUUCCUGAACUUUUUCUACGAGAUAAGUGUAAGUUAAUCUUAGGUUUUGCUUAUUAUGUUUUUCCUUUGAUAAGCACAGUCGUGAACCCAGCCAUUUUGUUUUCAUUUAGUUCCAAUUUUCGUCAAGCUUUGAAAGAAAUUUGCCCAUUUUUCCUCGGGAAAUUUAAGCCUCGCUGGGAACGGAGACCCGUUGUACCCCUCCAAAGAAACGAGUACCAAAUACGGCCAAUGGCGUUUCAAAUGAUCAAACAAAAUUAGCUCCAUGAAAAUAACAACAUUAAAUUCAGUAUGAGUGAAUUACACAUACAAAGGGAGCACACGAAAGCCCGAGCGCAUCGUGAAGCAUAUUAAACAAUCAUCCAAUAAAAAUGAAAGAACCCUGGGUGUCUGUCUAGAGAUUCGCGAGCCAGUGUGGUGAAUAGUCACUAACACGGCACUAGUUUGACCGUAAAACGGACAGUACAGCAAAAUGUACCGCAAAAAAAAAAUUACAGAUUAAAUGAUGUUUGACUGAAGCGACCUUCGAAAAUUAGGACUUUCGCUAAAACUAUUUGGAAAGGCUCGUGUUCACUGUUCGCGCAUCACGCGACAUUACUACUGACAACUUUCUUAUUAUUUAGUCCGUUUUGUUGUUGUUGCUGUUUUUUUGUUUGUUUACUUCUUUUCCUUGACUUUUCAACGUGAGAACACGUACUAAGCAGUGCUGUGAAAACCUAAAAGCCAUGUGUCAUUAAAUUUUUUAUGUAGUUGCAAUUGGUAAAUGCUCCAAGGAGCCAUUAAAUAGAAAAAUCACACAGUCAGGUUUUUGGAACUUACACUUGGAUAAUACACUUGUAAUUAACAGAGAAUUAUAUUGAUUUCACUGAAUGGUUGAUAACUUAAAUACAUGAAUGAAUCAGUGAGUUGCUUCAAUAAAUGAGUGAAGCGUAAUGAGAAACUAUGGUUAGACUUGAAUAAUAACUUGAUCAGAUUUGAAUAAACUGAGUGAAUACAGUGAAUUAAGUGUGAGUUAGGCGUGCACGUAGGCAAAAAGACAAUGGAGGACUUUUUAGCCAAUAAGAAAGAUGUUGACGUCAUGUUCUAACCAAUCAUAAAGAGAACCUAAUUGAAUAUUUAAUGUCAAGUUGUCAAAGCCACUCGGUAAAUAAACAUUAGAAACAAAGACAUAAUUCGUAUUUUAGGGGUUGUUUCCGUUGUUUCGAAUAAAUUCAAAACACGCUACAAUAACAAAACAAAACAAAGCGAAAUAGUAAAGACAAAAUAAUUAACAGCAAAGCAAAGCACUUAUAUCCAAAUUAUUGUCGUGAAUGCUAACGCAGAAAAUUAUUUUGAGUGCAAACUAUUGAUUAGAUCAGAGAUAGACUAAAUCUUACAGCGCACUUUUUGGUUUUCUUUUUGGUAGAAAAAUUGUCUUCUAACUCUCUCGUAUAGGUGCAUUAAAACCGAUAGCAGAGCUUGCUUAACUAAAUGUUACAGUUUUCAAAUCCCUACCGGGUUAAGGAAAUGACUAUGCCGCUAUAAACAGCAAAAGGAUUAGCAAGGAGAACAUAUGUAUUAUUAUCAGCAUACUGACAGACAAUACUGUCCAAUAAAGCUUUACAAGGCUGUAUCACUGAUGCUAUAAUGACAAGAAUACACAUUCAACUUCUGAGACUUACAGGGCUAUUUCUUCGUCGGUAUAUUCAUGCUAAUGAUGGUCUUGAGGUUUUUCAUAGAGUACGGGCAAAGAAAGCAACAGAGCUAUGGUGUAUAAGUUUUUGUCAGUGAAGCAAACAAUAAUAGCGCAUAUUAAUACUUAUUAUUUAUUCAAAAUAUUUCGCUGUUUUCAAUUGGCUCCAAUCCCUGUUCUAAAUCUUCAUAUUUAACCAAACGGAGCUUACCAUGUUUGGAAGAUGCGAAAAGUUUUUCCAUCGAUUCGAUGGUACAUUUGGAAACGAGGCUGCUCGGGCAAAAGUGAACUAAAAAAUGGCGUUCACGGCUAUUCGAAGACGAAAUAGUUGAAUUUCAGGAUGAAAUACAAGAAUACGCAAGACAUAUUGCUCGAAUGAUGGAUGUUAUCUACCUUUUGGGGGGUAUCAGUUCAAGAUAAAACAAUUCAGUUUAUAUCCUGGAACUGUGCUGAGAAAAAGGCCAAAGUUUUGAAGAACGUCUACGCGAGGAAGUAAACACGUUAAGAACUUCGAAAUAUUUUGAAUUAAUAAUAAUAAAACAAUUAUUGAAUUCGUUUUGGCUUUCAUUUGAUGUAAAGAAUUAUGUAGAUCUCGAAAGAUGUUCAGUAUCCAGCUCGGCGUCCAGCGUCGGUGGAUAAUAAUUAUCCUUCUCGAUCUUUAUAAUUCUUUACAUCCUAUUCAGCCUCAUUCAAUAAUUGUUUAAUACUUAUAAUUAUUAUCGGAUCUUGGAUUAGAAACAUGACGCAAGAAUGACAUAAUAUACAUACGUACUUUUAUCAAACAAGUUUCAUCAGGGGGCACAAUUUUUGCAGGCUAAGCAUGAAAUCUUAAAAAACUUUGGCCCAACUUUCAGUCCAUGAUUAUCCUUGCCAUCGAUUGCAACUAGUAGGUAGCUGGAAACAGUUACAAUGGCUAAAUAAUACUCUUGAAAAUCAAAACUGGACCAUUAUUUUUGGAAUUUAAUUGUCAUGAUGAGAUCGAGGACAAGUUUCAGAUUUAGACCCUGUUUAUAUGCAGUGGGGGAUCCCGGUCUAGUGGGGUAGGUUUCUUUUGUUUUGUGUCCCCCAGAGCGUGAAAACAAAAGAAACCAACCCCACUAGCUAGACCGGGGUCUCCCACUCCAUGUAAACAGGCCCUAAAAGGUAGCAAAUAGCGUGACAUGUCCCCUUGAAGUUAUACAUUACCUUGAAAAGGACGUCAGUAGUUUCCAUAUUUUUCAAACUUGGCACAAUUGACAGCCAUCAAUAGGACGCUGCAAAAACUGUUAUAAAAAGAUGGGGUCACCGUGUUUGUUUUCGUCGCAUGUGCCCCUACUCCUAAGUAUUUUUUUCCCUAGCUGCGCGUUGAACGAACAUCAAAAAUUAUUAUCAUAUUGCAAAAACUAAAACCUCGAGCCUGUUUGUUUGUCUGGCUUGUAAAUCUUUGAGUAUACUGACUUCAAAAUAUCCUCUCUUGUAAAAAGUGUAAGAAAAGUGGACAGCUUUAAUUAACGUUAUCUCAUACUUCAUCUCUCAUUCUCUGUUUCUCCAAAUGCGUAGUUUCACGUCAUGAUUAUUACCUAAAUAAUACAAUUUCUUCUCUCCAAUUAUUUUUUUCUUUUAAAUCAGGGGUCCUGUUUAAAUAUCUUUUUUCUUGUAGUCAUAAGAGUAAAAACACCUAGUUACCAUUCAAGGGGAGAUCAUUGUUCUUGUUUCAUUGACAUAGGGACAAUUUCGGCUUCAAAUGAUCAUCUUAGGCAAAGGGACUGGGACGAGUUUCAAGACCAGCACCUUUUUGGUCACGAAUGGUUUGCACAAUCGCUAUAAAUAAAUUAAAAACAUUACAAAAAAAAUAAAAUUUAUAAAACAAAUUUAAAAUAUUUAUAAAAAUAUCUAUCAAAUAAAUUAAAAAAUGUUAAUAAAAUUGCAGGCUAGCUCCGUCUCUAGUCCUUUUUUGGGAGUCAGUUGAAAGCCAUGGAGUAACGAAAGAUAACUAGAGCUGACUUAGUCUUAUAUGAUCCUGUUGAAGUUUUUAAUUAAACGAUCAUUCUAAACUAUUUUUUUUUUUUCUUGGUUUUGUGCCUCUAAAGAAACUUGGAGGCGUCUUUAACCGCAGCCGCUGCACAACGAGAAGAAACAUUUAUUGGGUGCCCCUGAACAAAAUCGUAAAAUCAUCGUCAUAAAAUUGCAACCAAAUCGCAUCGAAAAUCACGAUUUACCAAACCCAUCACUAUAGUACUAGACGAGUCUAACUAAAACGUGUUCCUGAAAAUAUGUUAGAGCUAAAUUAUAAGGAAAACCGUGGUCUUUCAGAUUAUAAAAUGAAGGAGUCUCGAACCAAAGACGCUUUAUUUUCUUAUAUUAUAUAUUUUCUCUCCCGGCAAAGCGAGAAAAUAGUUUACUUGCUUGAAAUUAAUCGUGCGCUACAAAGUUAGUAAGAAUAAGAUAUAUCUUUAUUGGCACCAGUAAACUAGUUAGAACUAUGCAAAUGUCAGUCACAGUCCUCGUCCAAUGAAAAACCGCACGCCAUUGUGUCGAGAGAAACAGGAGCAUUUUCAAAUCAAAUAACCUCAGGCCAUAUCAGCCUCGGAGAAAGAUUUGUUCUGCAUCUGAGGCUCUUUUUAGAUUUUAACGCUUUAAAAUGUCAACACUGUAUCUGUAUGUAGCCGAACUAUAAGUGUAUCGCAAGUACUUCAGUGAGCAAAUAUUCUACUUCACUUACGAACGCAAUCCCGCCUCAGCCGGUCAGCCCACUUAUUAUCAUUAUUAUUGAUUUUUCGACAGUCGGACAAGUUUAUUUCGAUAACUUUUAUGAAAAGGACAUCACAUGUACAACACGUCUCAUUUAACUAAAGCUCUUAAUUCCAUUUUCUGUUUCAGAAAGAAUUAAUAAACCGAACUUAGGAGCCGAAAAAAAAUUUAUCGUGCAGAUUUCGAACGAAAAAACAUCUUGCAAGAAAAUACCUUCCAUAAAAUGGCUUUGUAUGUCGGGGGAAAAAAUUCCAUCACCAGAGGUUGCUACGAUUUUCUAAUAGAAGUUUCAUUUUUCACAUUUUUCUGCUAUUUUAGGCCAUUUUCGUACAAAAAAAGGAAAACUAAAAUUUUCGGAUUCAAAACUGUUAUGGCUCUUGGUUUUCGGGAAAAAAAUUCUUAUUUUUUUUAACAAACCAUCACCGUACAUCCAGAGGUCGCAACUCUCAUGUUCAGCUAUAAACAUUAUCCAGCUGUAGUUCGCUGAGUUUCUUUGACCAGUUCUGAAAUAUUUUUGUGGAAACCCGGUUAAAACAUUUCGCCGCACGUAUUAUUGAAUAAGUCUGACCAAAUAACACCAUUAUUUCUGAAGGACACGUCUGCUCCUCACGGCAAACCGGUACCACCUUCGCCAUAGCGUUUUAGGAUUAGAGUUGCACCCGAUACUUCAGCCAUCAGUUCGAUAAACGCAACCAAGUUACCAAAUUAAAUGAAAUUCUGUACUACUGGAAAGGAAGAAGCAACCAUCUGAAAUAUCAUGAAUGAGGGUAAGUUUGCUGUUUCACUAUUCAAAUGUCAAUCACACUUAUCUACAUCGCCCAAUGACAAAACAAGGCUUCAUACAAUACAAUUAAUACAAUACAAUACAAAACUUUAUUCAAGAGAUAAAAACUAAAGUUACAAAAUAUCUCUCGAAAGGGAAUAUCUUGAGGUCAACCCUAUAUAAAGGAUUUCCCAAAAUAAAAGAUGAAAGGGUAAAAUCUAGAAUCUAAAAUAUAUAUACAGAGAGAAAAAUCUAAAACCAAAAACUGGAAUAAAAAACAUCGUUUGCAUAUCAUAAUGAAAACGAUUUAACACAUGCAACAUUUUAAUGCCUUUAAUGCCUUUAAGCUUUUUUUAAGCAAAACUAAGGUUGUAAUUAAGAGAAGAGUGAGGCUGGGUUUAAGCCAUUUUAGUCAGUGGAAUAAGUUCUUGAAUAGGGUACAUCUUGACUGGCGCUAGUGGUAAAAAGAAAAAAAAUAAUAAAUAAGAGGAAAAAGAGGAAAAAGGACUGCCACCUGUAUUAUUGGAGCGAGGGAACGUUUGCUUGUUUAACUAUUCAACUAAAUGUCACUCACACUCAUCUACUUCACCUGAAGACAAACAAGAUUAUUGUCUUUAGUGUAUUUACUUGCAAUAUCAGAGAAUAGGUUCGGUUGUAUUUUUAACCUUUUACGUGAUAGCUUAGUUCCUUUCAGCCAAUCUAAAUCCGAAUUCCAUUUUCUGCAGCAUUUUUGAAAGAAAUUUUGCUUGAACAACCUCGAUCUGUUCCAAAAUCGGGGUGCGUGGUAUAGGCAAUCGCCAAUACGGAAAAUGACCGUGUCGGUUAAAUGGUACAAAUGAUGUCACAAUUCUGACAAUCCCCGCGCUGAACAACUGUUCUAUCGAAAGACUUACCGAAAAUAAACAACAAAAGAAAAAUACCUUCUUCAUCCAUACAGCCUUUCUUGUGUACUGAGAACUGCAUUCUCGGUGGUAUUUGGAUUCGCAUCUGACGAACGCAUAAUCGGAGCAUCACACUAUUUACUGAAAGUCCUACAAAAAGUAAAACAGUACGGAGUUAAAGGACAAGGUAUUUACAUGCACGUGUUGCGUAUUAACAGUGAUUAUGUAGACUGUUAAUCAAUUAGCGCAAAUUGAAGACAAAAUAAUUUUUUAUCGUACCGUGGCUUCUUUGAUCGCUAAACCAGCCUGCUAAGCGUUGAUCUAGAUUUGGAUCUUUUGGUCUGUACCGAACCAUGGAUGCACGUUUGACAGUCACGGCUCGCCCGUUAAACAGCACAUGCUGUUGCUAUCGCCAUUUGCGUACCAUUGACACGGAAAUUCCAUACUCGCGUGCAAUUUCCCGAUUGUUGUUAACUGCUUCGGCCUCCACUACUAUUUUCAAUUUAAAGUUGAGAUCGUAGGAAUGACGACGAGUACUCUGCAUGAUUUUUUCUUGAAAGCUUACUGACACUGUGAAUGAAGUUUUACAACUAAGAGUUCGACUAGGUGAGACACGCUGAUAAAGCUUAAAACGGAUCAAGUAGUAUUCAUAGCUUUAGGAAGUAACACUGUUUCCUAAGAAGGAAGCCUGUAUUUAUCAAUAUUUCUUCUAAAGGUGUGAUUGUUUUUCGCUUUGUUCCUGUAAAUGUGUGACCUUUUUCCAUGACUGUAAUUAGGAACUUUGAAAAUGCUGUUGUUUUGCAAGUGAAGAUGGCGAAAAAAGCGCCAACUUAAGUUGGGGUUGCGUCUUAUAACCAAGUAUUUAUGUGAAAUUUUCAGUUUGUUAAUUUCAAAGCAUCAAGUUCAAAAAUUUAGGGUGCGUCUUAUAACCGAGUGUGCCUUACUGAUAACCGAAAAAAUACGGUAUAAGCGUUUUGCUUAGUCGACGUCACAGCUUUAACGUCGAAUAAUCUAUAAAGUAUUGCUCCGAAUAGGACGGGAUUUUGCAGCAGUACUAAAUUGUUAGAAACACUAAAGAGUUAAAGGAGGAAGACUUACUAAUUGUUUGGCCAAGGGCAAAUGAAAUGAUAUUUCAAAAUGGAUUUAAUAUAGCAACGAUAAAACGUGUUUUAUGGAAAGCGAUAAAUUGUAGUCUGUUUAGACUUACAUGACUCAACAUCAGCCCUGGUAUUAUUCAAAUGUAUGCAACUAUAUAUAGUACUGUUAUUAUAAUAUAUAUUUUGUUCCAAGUCCUACGUAUAAUUUCACAUUCAUGGAAAGAAUUGAAGAUGGUAUCAACCCGUGAGAGAGAAAAUUGACAAUUAUAAAAUUGAUGCGGUUUUUCGAUAGCCUUUGAUGAAAAUAGCUAUAUUUAUACUAGAAGACGUCCCAGACGUCCAGACGUAUUAGAUUUACACGUCUGACUGUUAAGUGCGUCGUUAAGUGCGUCCCGUUUUUAUACUAGACGUCAUAAACGUCUAAGACGACUAAUUCAUCUGUUAAGUGCGUCGAUCGGACGCAUUUAACUUCGGACGUUUUAUUCGUCUGACGUUUAAUGAAUCUGCCUUAUUUCCCAUAUUUAUACCAGACGUCUUAGACGUCCUCUUAGUAUAAAUUACGGCCAUUACUAAUACGCAGUCUUUUCCUUCUUCCUUACUCAUCUCGGAUUUUAUCUUAAAGUGCUAUACUCUUUUGCUAAUCAGAUGGCAAAAGGCAUUUUUUUAAAAAUCAUUUAACACUUGUAUACCAGCGCUAUUUUUAGCGGGUUUAAUAUUUUCUGUACUAGUGAAUACAACCAGUUUAACUCUCAUCGCUCAAUGUCACGAGGACCUUUCGCGGAAAGGACUACGCACGUACAUACGCACCAGAAAAUAAGUAGGUUCUUAUAUUGUAACCUUAAGGGGCACGAUCGAUACCGUUCGUGGAUUAAGACUUUCAAAGCCAAUACCCAUGCCACACCAAUAAAAUUAGUUUGCAUAAUCAUAUAUGUAAAAAACCAAAAACUAAUCAUACUGCUCUUUCAUUUUAUUAUAACAAGGAAAGGUAAUCGUAAUUUGUAUUUUCAGGUCAGCGAAACGAACGUUUGAAAUUCACCGUUUGAGGCGAGUUAUCGCAAUGAACAACUCCAGCCGUAAUAUGGUUGAUCACAUGCCGUGCCCAUACGCCAUAUCUGCAACCUUCACAACACUGUUGGCCGUUAUCAGUUUGGCUGCGAUCAUUGGCAAUGUACUAGUCAUCGCCGCCGUGUACAAGGUUCCAUACCUCAGAACAAGUACCAACUACUAUUACGUCAAUAUGGCGGUGUCUGAUUUUCUCUCCUGUCUUAUCACCUGGCCACUAUACCUGUCUGACGAGAUUAUAACAAGCCGUGGAAGUCUUAUCAAAGGCUUUGUAGCCACGGCUAGCUGCAAAGUGGGGGUGUUCAUGAGGAAUGUUUCCCAUUCAGUGUCUAUUCUAAGCUUAUUUUUGAUAGCUGUCGACAGGUUCAUCGCUACUAAGUACCCGUUAAAAGUCACCUUGUUAACAAAGAAAAUUCGUGCGUCAUUGUUGCUUUCAUCAUGGGUCAUGUCCAUAGGCUAUUGUUUCCCGACGUUUCUGUAUGCAGUAAUUGACAAAGUUGGACACGAAUCAUUCUGCAGAUUAGCUCUAGCUGCAGACAAGACCAUGCCAUUAUAUUUAUUUGCAGUUAUUCUAAUUAUCAUUUUGUAUUCCGCAAUUACAAUUCUGUAUCUGCGCAUCAUGCGUGUGUUACAGAGACGACUUCAACCAGAACACGGUACGGAAGACAUAGUUGGGAACGAGCAGAACAGAGCCAAGCACAAUCAAAACGUGAUGAAGAUUUUCAAGUCUAUCGUCGUAGCAUUUUUUAUUUCCUGGUUCCUUUUCUGUGGCUACAUGAUUCUAAAAAUUACUUUUCCUGAACUUUUUCUACGAGAUAAGUGCAAGUUAAUCUUAGGUUUUGCUUAUUAUGUUUUUCCUUUGCUAAGCACAGUCUUGAACCCAGUCAUUUUGUUUUCAUUUAGUUCCAAUUUUCGUCAAGCUUUGAAAGAAAUUUGUCCAUGUUUCCUCGGGAAAUAUAAGCCUCGCUGGGCACGGAGACCCGUUGCACCUCUCCAAAGAAACGAGUACCAAUUACGGCCAAUGGCGUUUCAAAUGUUAAAAAAAAAUUAGCUCCAUGAAAAUAAUAAUGACUAAAUCAUACAGGUACAAAGGGAGCACACUGCAGUCCGAACGCAUUGUGAAGGAUAUUCAACAAUCAUGAAUAAAAAUGAAAGAAGACUGAGUGUCUGUCUAGAGAUUCGCGGGCCAGUGUGGUGAAUAGUCAGUAACACGGCACUAGUUUGACCGUAAAACAGACAGUACAGCAAAAUGUACAGCCAAAAAAAAUACAGAUUAAAUGAUGUUUGACUGAAGCGAACUUCGACAAUUAGGACUUUCGCUUAAAACUAUUUGGAAAAGCUCGUGUUCACUGUUUCUUGCAUCACGUGACAUUACUACUGACAACUUUCUUAUUAUUGAGUCAGUUUUGUUGUUGUUAAAUUAACUGCAAAAACCGUGGACGAAGAUCCUGCUAGUUGUAAACGUUGGAUCUCUAGAAAAGAGAUCAAAUCAGCCAAAAUAUAAAGAACAAGAAGGAGAAGUCCGAAGACUACAGCAAAGCUGAUUUAAAACAACGAGUAUUGUUUUUUAUAACAAUAUUUCGCCGGCCAUACCAGCCUUCUUCAGGUUUACAGAUGUUACUGAACUUAUGUAGCAAUCACAAUAUUAUAUAGAUGAAGAAUGUCGCAAUAAAAGGGAGAGGCGGAAAUGACGUACAACAUAAAAACUGGAAAGAAAAAAUACUAAGGAUAUGGAUUACAAUAAUUCGUCACGGCCGUUUAGGCCAUGAGGUUCAAGAGUCAUGGCCUUAUCUAUCAAAUGCGACUCCCUGGCCUUACGAACUGAGUCACGUGAAGAAUGAAUUUUCUCUAGCGGGAUUAACUGCAUGUCAGUAUGAGAAUGGUUAGAGUGAGAGAGAAAGUGUUCAGAAACAGUAGUGGGUUUAGAUUUAAUGUUAGUUUUGUCGACUGUACGUCUGUGUUCGUUAAAUCUGUCCUUGAGACGUCGAUUAGUUUCACCUAUAUAUUGUAAAUUACAACGGUUACAUUGAACCAUGUCAACAUUGUUUGUGUUACAAGUAAUGUGUGAAGUGAUGGAGGGUGUUGUUGUUGUUGCUGUUUUUUUUUGUUGUUGUUUACUUGUUUUUUCAACAUGAGAAUACGUAAGCAGUAAUGUGAAAACCUAAAAGCCAAGUGUCAUUAAAUUUUUGAUGUAGUUGGCAAAUGCUCCAAGGAACCAUCAAAUUGAAAAAUCACACAGUCAAGUUUUUGGAACUUAACCUUGGAUAAUACACUUGUAAUUAAGAGAGAAUUAUAUUGAUUUCAAUGAAUGGUUGAUAACUUAAAUAAAUGAAUGAAUCAGUGAGUUGCUUCAAUAAAUCAGUGAAGUGGAAUGAGAAACUAUGGUUUGACUUGAAUAAUAACUUGAUGAUAUUUGAAUAAACUGAGUGAAUACAGUGAAUUUAGAGUGGCUUAGGCGUGCACGUAUCCAGAGUGAUGUGAAUAUUAAGUGGUUGUGGAGGAGAGAUGUGUAUAGUACUUUGGUGUUACAGUUCCGCCCAAACAUCCGGUUAGUCAUUCAAAUUUAUAGGCAAAAAGACAAUGGAGGACUUUUCAGCCAAUAAGAAAGAUGCUGACGUCAUGUUCCAACCAAUCAUAAAGAGCGCCUAAUUGAAUAUUUAAUGUCAAGUUGUCAUCAAAGACACUCGGAAAAUAAACAUUAGAAACAAAGGCAUAAUUCGUAUUUUAGGGGUUGUUUCGAAUAAAUUCAAAACACGCUACAAUAACAAAACAAAACAAAGCAAAAUAGUAAAGACAAAAUAAUUAAAAGCAAAGCACUCAUAUCCAAAUUAUUUUGAGUGUAAACUAUUGAUUAGAUCAGAGAUAGACUAAAUCUUACUGCGCACUUUUUGAUUUUCUUUUUGGUAGAAAAAUUGUCUUCUAACUCUUUCGUGUGGGUGCAUUAAAGGCGAUUGCAAGCUGUCAAAACAGAGAGUCUGCUUAAAUAAAUGUUUCAGUUUUCAAAUCCCUACCGGGUUAAGGAAAUGACUAUGCCGCUAUAAACAGCAAAAGGAAGCAAGGAGAACAUAUGUUUUAUUAUCAGCAUACUGACAGAUAAGGAUAUACUGUCCAAUGAAGCUCCUACAAGUCUAUCACUGAUGCUACAAUGACAAAAAUACAGACUCAACUUCUUCUUCUCAACUUCAUGCUAAUUAUGGGCUUGAAGUUUUUUAUAGAGUACGGGCAAAGAUAGCAACAGAGCUAUGGUGUAUAAGUUUUUGUUUGAAGCAAACAAUAAUAGCGCAUAUUAAUACUUAUUAUAUAUACAAAAUAUUCCGCUGUUUUCGAUUGGCUCCUAUCCCUGUUCUAAAUCUUCAUAUUUAACCAACCGGGGCCUAUCAUGUUUGGAAGAUGCGAACAGUUUUUCCAUCGAUUCGAUGGUACAUUUGAUUGGAAACUAGGCUGCUUGGGCAAAAAUGAACUAAAAAAUGGCGUUCACGGCUAUUCGAAGACGAAAUAGCUGAAUUUCUGGAUGAAAUACAAGAAUACGCAAAACAUUGAUGGAUGUUAUCUACCUUUUGGGGGAUAUCAGUUCAAGAUAAGACAAUUCAGUUUCCGUUUCAGUUUCUGUUUUCUGGGAGUCAAUUGAAAGCCAUGGAUUGUAUUGAAUAACGAAAGAUAACUAGUGCUGACUUCGUCUUAUAUGAUCAUGUUGGAGUUAUUAAUUAAACGAUCAUUCUUAACUAUUUUUUUUCUAGGUUUUGUGCCUCUAAAGAAACUUGCAGGCGCCUUUAACCCGCGCAACUGCUGUACAACGAUGAGAAACAUUAUUGGGUGCCCCUGAACAAAAUCGUAAAAACAUCGUCAUAAAAUUGCAACCAGAUCGCAUCAAAAAUCACGAUUUACCAAACCCAUCACUGUAGUACUAGACGAGUUUAACUAAAACGUGUUCCUGAAACGAUAGAUGCUAGAGCAAAAUUAUAGGAAAAACUGUGGUCUUUCAGAUUAUGAAAUGAAGGAGUCUUUAUUUUCUUGUAUUUUAUAUUUUCUCUCCCAAAGCGAGAAAAUAGUUGACUUGCUUGAAAUUAAUCGUGCACUACAAAGUUAGUAAGAAUAAGAUAUAUCUUUAGUGGCACCAGUAAACUAGUUGAACUAUGCAAAUGUCAGUCACAGUCUUCGUCCAAUGAAAAACGGCACGACAUUGUGUCGAGAGAAACAGGAGCAUUUUCAAAUCAGAUAACCUCAGGCCAUAUCAGCCUCGGAGAAAGAUUUUUUUCUGCGUCUGAGGCUCUUUUAGAAUUUCCUUAAAAUGUCAACACUGUAUCUGUAUGUAGCCGAACUAUAAGUGUAUGGCAAGUACUUCAGUGAGCAAAUAAUCUACUUCACUUACGAACCCAAUUCCGCCUCAGGUCAGCCCACUAAUUAUCAUUAUGACUGAUUUUUCGACAGAAAAGCUUAUUUCGAUAACUUUUAUGAAAGGGACAUCACAUGUACAACACUUCUCUGAAUUCUCUGCUCUCAGCUCUGAAUUUCAUUUUCCGUUUCAGAAAGAAUUAAUAAACCGAACUUAGGGGCCGACCAAUUGACUUUUGAGGGGGAGUAUGGGUGAUUUCAGCAAAAAAAUUAUCGUGCGGAUUUCGAGUGCAAAAACAUCUUGCGAGGAAAUACCUUCCAUAAAAUGGCAUAAAAUUGCAUAACAAACGAUCACCGUACAACCAGAGGUCUCUACUCUGAUGUUGAGCUAUAAACAUUAUCCAGCUGUAGUUCGCUGAGUUUCUUUGACCAGUUAUGAAACAUUUCCAUUUCCGCACGUAUUAUUGAAUAAGUCUGACCAAAUAACGCCAUUAUUUUGAAAGGACACGUCGGCUCCUAACAAACUAACCACCUUCGCUAUAGCGUUUUAGGAUUGGACUUGCACCCGAUACUUCAGACAUCAGUUCGAUAAACGCAACCAAGUUACCGAAUUAAAUGAAAUUAUGUAUGUGAAUAUAUAUGGUACUUACAUCUUUACUGGCAUCAGUGGUUAAAAAAGAAGAAACGAGAGGAAAAGAAAAGGAAAAAGCAACCACCUGAAAUAUCAGAAUGAGGGUAAGUUUGCUGUUUCUCUAUUCAAAUGUCAAUCACACUUAUAUUCAUCGCCCAAUGACAAAACAAGGCUUAUGCUUUGCAUCUCUUUUUUUUUUUUAAGCCAAGCUGAGGCUGUAAUUUAGAGGAGAGAGAGAUUGGUUUUAAGCUAUUCUAGUCCGUGAGAUAAGUUUGUGAAUAGGGUACAUUUUGACUGGCGCUAGUGGUAAAAAGAAAAAAAAUAAUAAAUUCAGUCCACUCCCGAUAACUCGAACCCUCGCUAACUCGAACCAAAAUCGAUUUCCGCUGGAUUCCCUUCAUACAUUCACUGUAAUUUUAACCUGGGUAACUCGAACCCUCGAUAAUUCGAACUCCCGCUAACUCGAACCAAUUUUCGUUUCCCCUCAGGUCAUUUUCUAUAUAAUUUUACCCUCGAUAACUCGAACCAUGUUUUGAGCCCUUAAGAAGUCGGGAAAAAAGCCGUCUAAUGGCGUCCGAAACAUUGAAUUUUAGAUUUCCUAUUGACGUGUUGUAGGAGUAUUGUUUACUAGUGGAGGCUGAUGUUGAUUUUCACAGGCUAAUGUGAAGCAGCUUUUCUUCUCAAAACAGCAUGCUCUAUUUAGGCUAUGUUCUGUUAUGUUACGUUGUAAUUUAUAAUCUAAAAGUAUCUUUUAAUUUUCACUUGACCUUUCUACAAUUAAAUGUGAUUAAAAUUAUAACUGUGCAGUAAAACCUGUUUUUUACCUUACUCUCGGCUAUUUUCUUCGAACUCCCGAUAACUUGAACCUUUUUUCGAUUUCCCUUGAAUAAGAGAUAAAAGAAAAAAAUAAGGCUGCCACCUGUAUUAUCGGAACGAGGGUAAGUUUGCUUGUUUAACUAUUCAACUAAAUGUCACUCACACUCAUCUACUUCACCUAAAGACAAACAAGGCUAUUGUCUUUGAGUAAAAUCCAACUAGUGGUCUAUUAUCAAUGCUGCGUUGUGAUUGGCUGAGCUCCUACUAGGCUACAUGUUAUAACCCACUAGUAGCGAAAAGCGCGGGCUUUAUGGCGGCAAAAAAGGAUUAAAGUCUAGCUUUAACUAGCUGAAUUUUUUUAUUCUCGAUAGUUUUGAGCAACUAGUUGAAUUUUACUAGAACAAUUAUUCCUCUCGCCCUCAUGGCCUCUGAGUCAAUAGCCCAUGAGGCCGAAGGCGUCAUGGGCUAUUGACUCAGAGCCCAUUCGUCCAUUUUGUGUAGGCAGUGUUGGCUUUUUUUUUUCUCAAGCUACUUCAAAAGCCCUAUCGUGUUCAAAGACACCAGAGAAAAAUUGUUUAACAUGCGUAUCCAUGUCAUUCAAAACUCCGUGACCUACCAAGGACGGCCAGGUACCCGAAAGUAAAUUAAGUGGGUUUCCUAAAUAUUUGACAGCAUGCAACUGGCUAACCACACGCUCUAUCCACACCAUAAAUUUCUUUCUAAUUCACGCCUUUACAUUGCAGUUAUUGGUAGGAAACAUAAAAUAUUGCAUUUAUUUUUCUCCCCUUUCUUCUGGCUUUGCAUAUCGAAUGCCAAGAUAUGUUGUCAUAACUACAUGUACAUGUGAUUAGUGUUAAAGAUUCAGUGUUUUAACUUUGCAUUUGCCCCUUCUGCUGACUUACACUUACACGUUGUAGUCAAAGUUCCAGGAGAAAGCACAUCAACAAAAGCAAAACUUUUUGAAGUCGCAGGGGAAAGUUUCGACGACAUCGAGGACGGUGAAGAGGUAGCUAGUGUGGUAACACGAGUCCAAUAAAAGAUGUUUAAGCCAUUUUAGUCAGUAGCUGAAUAAGUUCGUGAAUAGAGUACUUCUUGACUGGCGCUACUGGUAAAAAGAAAAAUAAUAAUAAAUAAGAGAAAAAGGAAAAAAGGACUGCCACUUGUAUUAUCGGAACGAGGGAAAGUUUGUUUGUUUAACUCUUCAACUAAAUGUCAUUCACACUUAUCUACUUCACCUAAAGACAAACAAGGCUAUUGUCUUGUAUUUAUUUACAAUACCAGAGAAUGAGUUAGGUUGUAUAUUUAAGCUUUUUCGUGAUUGGAAAUCUGUAUUCAGUAAACAAGUUUAUCUUAGGUAUUCCGUUGAGACGAUUAUAAAAUAAAAUAUAAUUCAUCAAUGAAACCUGAGCUUUAGACGAUUUGCAUUUUUCUACUUGAGCCGCCUUAAAUCCAACACAUAUCUUUUUAUAACUGGAAAAAUAAAAGGAUUUUUAAAUGGAAAAGCACGCUUAUUUCAAUAACUAAUAGGAGAAGGCAUACAUACACAAUAAAUUUCUUUUGGGUAGCUAAAAGUUCCUUUCAGCUAAUCUUAAUCUGAAUUCCAUUUUCUGUUUCGAUCAUAGAAAAAACACGGUUUUAGACUGCAUUCCAGAGGUCGCUGCUCGGGUAUUUCACAAGAAUUUAUAGCUCGCCAGUUUCGUAAAACAUUUCUAUUGUGACAAUCUGGUUCCAAAUUUAAAAAUGCUGAGAUGUAAUUUGGUAAGACUAAAUCUUUCGAUGAUACGGGCGGCAAAAAUUCUUUAAUUGUUAAAAGAAUUAAAGCUCAGCAAGUUCAUAAAAAACUAGAGAAUAAAUGUUCUCUGUUUUCUUCUUUAUGUUACAAAACACUGUAGGAAUUUAAAGCUAGAGUUAUAAUGAAUAUUUUAUUAGCUUUUUCUUUUGAUUUUUGUGUCAGCUGUUGGCUUUUUUUUGUUUUGUUUUUGCUUUUUUUUCCGCCAAUGAGCUCCUUCAAAAGCCCUAUCGUGUCCGAAGACACCAGAGAAAAAUUUUCUAACAUGUGUGACCAUGUCAAUCAAAACUCCGUGAUCUACCAAGGACGGCCAGGUACCCGGAAGUAAAUUAAGUGGAAUUCUAAAUAUUGGACAGCAACUGGCUAACCGUACGCCAUAUCCAGACUAUAAAUUUCUUUCUAAUUCACACCUUUACAUUGCAGUUAUUGGUAAGAAAAAAACUGCUUUGUCCUUAAAGUCAUUUGGAAACAAUGAAUAUCGCAUUUAUUUUUCUCCCUUUUCUUCUGGCUUCGCACAUCGAAUGCCAAGGUAUGUUGUCAUAACUACAUCUGAUUAGUGUUGAAGAUUCAGUGUUUUAACUUUGCAUUUGCCCCUUCAGCUGACUUACACUUACACGUUGUAAUCAAUAUUCCAGGAGAAAGCACAACAAAAGCAAAACUUUCUGAAGUCGCAGGGGAAAGUUUCGACGACAUCGAGGACGGUGAAGAGGUAGCUAUUCUGGUAACACGCGUCUAAUGAACGAUGUUUCCCUCUAACGCAUAUGUGGUGAACAGGCUGCCUCACACUGAGAGCGCCAAGAGCUUGUUAUCAAAGCUUACCAAAAAACUCACAUUCUUAUGAUGCCGUUUUUCUGCUGCCAUUUAAUACUGUUUUUUCUGUCGUUCUGUCGUUCUGUCGUUUUUAGUUCCGGUUUUUUGUGUAAGAUUUGUUGUAAAUGGUGAUCCUUGUUUAAUUUAUUUUAAUGUAGUUUACUACCAAGACAGUAGAAGCUAAAAGGGGCAGUGAAAGUGAUACAGAUUUCCCGGACGAACUUGAAAACGGAAACUUUAGAACACCAGUUGUGAUAAAGGUGAUACAUUUGUUAAAAUUUCUUAAUAAGGUUUUUAGGUUACUAUGGUAUUGCUGGUCCCGCUGUCUGAACUCCGAUGAUAAAAAAUAAGUACUUAAAGCGUUAGUCUUUUUAGGCAGUCUGUUGUAUUUCAAACUACCAUAAAGCAAGCUCGCGGACAAAAAUAUUGAAAUAAAAGGAAAGUAUUGAUGAAUUAUUAGGGCAGUCUACUCUUUACCGGAAUAUAUAAAAUAUAUUAUUUUAAUAAACCGAGAAACAACGAAUAGCCUUAAAAUAAAGCGAAGAUUAGAAAUAUGUCAUGAGUCGAAGCAAUAACAAAGUCUAAAAGAAUUUGCUACUUUAACAAUGUGGUCUAUUGUUCUCUAUACUGCAGUAUCCUUUGACGUCACAGCGAUUCAGUGCAGAAUCAAUUAGCAAUGAGAUGAUCUUAGUACGUACGUUAGUUUUUAUUUUAGUUUUUUUAUUAUUAUUGUAAAUUGUGUGCAAGCACACAAAAUACGUCAUUACAAAAUAGCACUGAAGGCAUGGAAUCAGAGAUUAAAACUGGUGUUGAAACCAAACUUCGUAUGCGCAUUAGGUCCACGGAACAUUUGGUUGAUCCAAAGCGCGAAAAUAUGGCAGCAUCUUGCUUCCUAGGGUAACCAGUCAAAUUGCCGAUGAAAUUGACUUAACUUGUAGUUGUAUACAAUAAGAUUUCAUUUAAUAAUCCACUCGGUUCACAGGUAAAGCCAAAGAAAAAGCCAGAUGCAAAGCGAUAUUCUGAGGGUGAUAAUAACGAUGAAGAAAACGACGCGGCAAAGACAGAUGAUCAUGGUGAUCCUUCCACUGAGCUGAUUAGAACCGAAGGCAAACCAGGAUGGGUGGAGAAAGUUUUAAGAAAGUUAAGAGAAAAUUUUACCAUUAGUAUAGAAGCUACAGGGAGCCCGAACGCUGUAUUAGCUAAUAGAAAAAAUUAGGUGUAUUUACGCUGUAUUAGCUAAUAAAAUAAUAAGAUGCAUUUACCUUUGUUCCUGUGUCUUUACGAGUCGUUUUGGAAGGGAUUUGAAUCCGAUCAGAGACGGUUAACAUUGCUGGUUAACAAAUGCGUUUGCUUGUCUGGCGCGUCGUAAAUAAGACGCUCAAGUUUUGUCUCACGUUGCUAAUAUUGUUAACUAUUAACUUUCCACUAACGGCCACGAGAAGAGACAGUUAAUUUGAAACCGGAGUUCAUCUCCCAAGGAGAUCGAAAGGUAAUAGUCAACAUAACAAUACAUUGUAUUAGAAACGUGAGACAAAACUUGAGCGUCGUAUUUAGGACACGCCAGAAGAUCUCUGAUCGGAUUCACAUCCCUUCCAAAACGACUCAUAAAGACACAAGAACAAAGGAAAAUGCAUCUUAUUAUUUUAUUAGCUAAUACAGCUUAAAUACAUCUAAUUUUUUCUAUUAGCUAAUACAGCGUUCGGGCGCCCUGCGUAGAAGCUCUAUAUCGCAAUUUACUGGAGCCUACAUACCAUGCGAACUGAUAGACAACGAGUAGACCUUCAUUUUGAGGUAGCUCGAGGUGGACGAUGUAUGACUUAACGUGCAAGUACAAGUGCUCUGGAUAUUUUCAAUACUAAUAGUUCAAUGGCUUGAUCAAAACCAAGAGAGAAUAAUGAGAAAGAGAAGAAAACGCCCAGUCUAUCCCUUGUUAUAUGUUUUACUUAUUCUUAGACCAAUUAAACCUUUGAUUUUAACCGGAAGUUGGUUUCCGCAAACUUUAAUUCAGCGAUGUCAAGAGAGAAUUGAACAGUCGUCAGGUCGCCAUUACAAUAUUCUGCAUGGUUUGCUUUGAGGCAGUCGCGCGUGGAUUUGAUGAGGUUCCAAAUGAUCAAUCAAAAUGAAGGAUGCCUCAGCGGGAAUUACAGCCUUUAAAACUAACUUUGUUGAAAUUCAUAUAUCCCGGGUAAUACCUUAACGAUCUCUUUUCAUCCCAUUAUUCUCUUCUGUAGUAGCCAAUUGAGUCUCAAAUGGUUUUGAUGGCAAAGGCCCUAUCAUCCUCGGAGACCCCGGGGCAGAUAGUGGGGGCGAGGGAAAGUCUAAACGGGCGGAAAAAUAUGACACGAAGAAAAGUAAAGAACGGCGAGAAGAGCCCCUGAGGACAAUGUCUUACCAGACCAGUUCCAAACGGUCGUCGCCGUUCUGACUUCUGAUUGGUGCCAGAAAACUUUUGUGUUUUUCUGCCCAAAGGCAGAACGGCGACGAGAAAGUCCUUCUGACGUAUUCUUUGAAAUAUUUCACUAAUUUUGAUUAAGUUAUUUAUUUUUGUUUUGUUUUGUGUUACUUUUUUCAGGCGAUAACUGUAUUGAGGGAAAAUGAAAAUGAUUCAAUGAAGCCGGAAAGCCCGACAGACACAAAGUUGGCCGACGAGAGUAUGAUUCUUUAACACAAUCUAUGACAAGCCUGAUUUGCUAUCCUUUUGAAAAGCUAAAAUGUGUCUUCGCGUCAACUGAAUUCUAGCAAAAAUGACCAGUUUCGUUAUUUAAGACUAUAUUUAGGCAGUCACAGAAACUGUUUUUUGUCUUCUGUUGCUAAGGAUGGCAAUCAUGGGUGCACGAGUGAAAUGGUUUGGUAUUUCAUCGGUGUUAAAUAUUAAUAAUAAACAGAACAUUACGUGGCCGGUUGGAGAUACGAAAUUUCUCUUCUGGUGUUGAAAAAUAUAUUGUAACUCUCGAAGGGAAAUUUCGUAUCUCCGCGCUGCCAUGUUAUAACCUUUUUUUUUUCGAUAGUUAAAUCACACUUGCCUUAAUGAAUGUCACGUACAGUAUUUGCUGGAUUUAAUGCGGCGGCAUUUAUAUGAUCGAUUUUUUUUUUUUUCAAUGGUCUCUUUUAUUUGCGGGCGGCGUUUAGAUUUAGUAGAUUUAAAUCACUGACGAUGUUUUGGUAUAAUAGUGAUCAUAACUAAUAUGUAAAACGGAAAAGUACUGAAAGUUCUAUUGUCUCUCUUAUCUUGCUGAGAAACAAUCGUAAAUGUCUGGAUGGUGUAGAUUGCCACAUUCUUCUGAUUGGGGGCGGCGUUUAUCCCGGGGGACACUCAUGGGAAUUCCUGGUGGGGGUGUGCCGCCCGUUUCUUCAAAUCCAGACCAGAUUUCAGACCAAAAAAUGUAAUUCUCCACACCCGUUUUCAGACUAGACCUCUAAAUCCAUACCCGUUUUCAGACCUGGCCUUUAGGUAGAAAUUAUGUUAUCAUUACUUAGAUUAGAGCGGAAACGAAAAAAAAAUUUUUCACGUCCAUUUGGAAAUCGCAUAUUUCUCUUUCCUUCUCACUCAUUUGGAAUUGAAACGAUAAAUACGUUCAUACAUUCCCGUAGUUCCCUAGAAAACCAUAGCCGAUUCCAGACCAAAAUGGGCCAACUGUAUACCCGUUUUCAGACCAAAACGGCUCAAAAACCCUACCCGAUGGGGCGGCAUAAACCUUUAUGGUUUAUAUAAGGGAGUACCCCCGCUCAGCGUUUAUCCGAGAGUAGUCUGCCACGCAGACGUUUUUAGGAGAGCUCGACGAAAUACGAGCUCCACUAAAAACGUCUGCGUGGGAGGCUAAUCCGAGAGCGCGUUGAAAGGUAAUUUUGCUUCCAUUUGCGGUGUUUAUACACUGUACGAGGGCGGUGUUGAAUCGAGUAAAUAUGGUAGUUUUGGUCCCACAAAAAAAAUGUUGGUACCGUCUCCCAACAAAUACAGUAUAUACAGUCUAACCCGUUAUUGUAGACACCUUUAGGAUAAAUUAGCUAAAUUAGUAUCCUCAGUUUUCUGUUACUGCUCUUCAGUUCCAAAUGGCCCUUUCGACAAAUUAAAAGAUGUCCUUGGAACGUUAGGAUCAAAGGCCACCGGCGCUAGGAAAGGUCUGAUUGAGUUGAAGGAUAAAUGGAAUACGCUUUCGUUUGGCGAUAGAGUGACCGUGACACAAACUCUGCAAUCCGCUGCCUCAAACAUUGACAAGUUUGCUAACGCAGGAGAUGAUCCCAUCGGUGCAGUGCAGGGAGCAGUCAAUAUGGUCGGACAGUUUGCAGCACUUGCUGGUCCCAAAAGCCAAAUUUGUGCCGUAGCUUUGAGCUUUGUGUCUGGGUUUCUUAGUCUUUUUGGAGCAGGAGGAAAGAAAAAAAAAUCUAUCGGACAAAUCGUACGAGAAGAAAUAGACGAGGCAUUGGGUCAAUUUUACGAGCAGGACCUCAGUAAUCAGGCUCGAGGUCUCGUUGAAACAUUUGACCUUUCGAAGGCAUAUGUGGAUAGGCUUGCUAGGUCAGGCAAUAAGCUUACUGACGCCCAAGCAGGGUCACUUGAGAGAAAUGUACCACUGUAUCUUGGCCUUGAAUUUAUGGGAACAUUGUCAAGUGAGAUAGAUCGCAUUCUUAAGGGCAACAAAGGAGAUGACGCCAAAAAGAUAUUGAGAUACAUUGAACUGUAUGCAAAGAUGGCAGUCCUAAAGGACGUGAUUAUGCAGGAGGUGGCCACUUUGUUGCCGGACGAGCUUGAACCCAACCGACAAGCCAUGUUAGCCGCUCAAGACGUUUUACGUGGCGAGCAAAGGGAACGCUUUAAAUUUCUUCGUGCUGGUGGUGUCGGUGAAGUGGCUUUAAAUUACUUCGACCCUGAUGUGAGUCCAAUCACAGAUGCCUAUUUGACCGCCGUGUUGAAAGUACCAGAUUACGAUCGUUCCAUGGCAGGAAUAUGGUGUCUAUCGCCAAACAUAACUGGUGAAAAGAUUUUACCAAUCACUUGGUUUAGAAACCAUGACAGCUUAAUGGCGGGCGGUCAUCCCUACAUCACUCCUUAUAAUGAAGGCUUUUGGAAACUCAUCCCCCAUGGUAACCACCUCUAUACAGUUGUCAACACCUUCGGAGGUCGCAAGUACGACUACUAUGGUCAGUACCUAUCCUUUGACAUAUUAUCUGGAGACAGAAGCAGGCUGACAGUCGAGAGGGAAGCAGUUCUUUGGGAAAUCUAUGGCGAUGAGCAAAAGAGGUAAGAGACGGCUGGAAUAUUUUUUAUAUAAAGUUUGGAACAGUAACCAUCAGGGUGUCUCUUCUUUGUUUUUCAGUUUUUUAUCAAGAGGGCCACCAAGAUUUUCUUACGUUCUACUGUUUUAAUAUUGUUUUUUAAUAGCUGGCGUCACCUUGCUGACGUAAUGCAUUGUUUACAUUUUUCCAGUUCUUUAGCAUACGAGUUAACCCAUGAAAGACGUCGCCAUGAAAGAGUUGAAAGUUGAAACAGCAAGUUAAUUUGAGCAGUUUUGCAGUUUUCAGUUCUUUGCGGCCAAUAGUGUAGCCUAUUGUUGUUACUUCAGUAGUGGCCCGGGGAACGUGCGCAGUUAAGCCAACGAACUUAGAACCGGGAUCGAAACAUUCAUGUUUCGCUCCAUGUAAGGAAAUCCAAGACAGUCUUGGAUUCUAGAUUUCACGCCGUGGAUUGCGGAUUCCAGGAACUUGAUUCCAGUCUCGGUUGUCAGUGGAAAUUGGAUUCUAAAUUCCAAUCCUUAGUAGGAUUCCGGAUUCCAAAUCCCAGGAUUUCGGAUUCCACAAGCAAAAUUUUCUUGGAUUUCGGAUUUCAGAAGCAAAAAUUUCACGGAUUCCGAUCCGGAUUCUUUUACACGGGGAAUAGCCGGGAGGGCCAGCGGCUUGAGAAGCGGUUUAGGGACAAUUGUGUUAUGUUCUAUUAUGAUUUAGUGGCAUGGAGAGCCACGAAAAAAAUUGAGAGCCAAGAAAAAAUGUGUUACGUUCAAUUAUGAUUGAGUGGCCAGAAAUGCCCGCGGCCUAGAUAACUGAAGAAUUGAUUUUGUUGUGUGAAAUUGUGAUUACGUUCAGAGAGCCAGUGGGCUUGUGAGCCAAAGAAACAAUUGUGUUAAGUAGUACAUCUGUAUUAUGAUAAAGUUUGGACCUGGAGAGCCGUACAGAUAAGUAUACGUAUCCGCUCUUAAGUAUUGCCUGCGCUACAGACAAAGCUAAACUCUGGUUAACAGCGCCGAAGUAGGCCUUGUUCUUAAGGCCCUCACCUGUGUACCAGGAUUUGAGUGCGCACCAUGUUGGUGUCUAUUUAAAGCCCUCUAAUGGCUUACAAUAUCUUAAAAUAGGAUCCGUUGUAAAUGGGGCUGUUACUGGAACACCACAUGGUGUAACAGGCACAUAGAACCUCAGAUAGAGUCCACAGGAGGUUGGUAUCCGGAGGCAGUAACCACUUUUGGUCUAACUUCAAAAAACGUCGGCUAUAUUUGGUGGAUCACAAAGGUACGUGUAAAGACAGCUGAUCACGACAAAAUAAAUACCGUAAAUUCUUCACUAAUAAAUGAUAGACUGUAUUAAUUGCAAACAUAACUGUAAAACUUAGUGUUGACUGUUCGGAAAAUUAUGCGUAUAAUAUAAUUUUUUAAUGUUAUUAUCAUUAUCAUUAACAUAUUAUAAACAAUUAUUGGAUGAGGUUUUUGUGAUAUCCGGAAUAAUCAAGGUCGAGGUAAGUGUUAUCAGCCGAAGCCAAAGGCUGAGGCUGAUAACACUAACCGAGACCUUGAUUAUUCCGGAUAUCACAAAAACCGAAUCUAAUAAUUGUUUUAUUAUACUUUAUCUUCAAGUAAUUUCUCAAUUACUUGCUGGGUCGAUGAAGUGAAUCGAGAAGCCAUUCUUACUUCGCUGUCCGCGAAAUUGACAUUGCUGUCCGUGUACUUGACAUUGCUCUUGGAAAUCAUGCAUUACGCGCGCAACCUGCAGAUUAUUCACUAAUCUGUAGGUACAUAUUAGUGAAUAAUCUGUAGGUUGCGCUGUUUCCCAGAAAUAACUGUAGGCUUUUAGCCAAUGAGAAGACAGAUGGUGACUACAAUGUAUAAUAAUACAAGAAAGUGGAGCAGCGACUGACUCAAAAGCUUAAUCCUUAGGUAUCUUACUCAAGCUAACCUAGCGCCUUGCCUUUUAAGAUAAGUUUAAUGGUAGAAUAUUCGGUUGUCAUGAAAGGUAUGUUUCGUCGCAGUAGGUGUAUCAGGGUUGUUUUAUCGUUUGCCUAACUAUAGUCCCUAAGUUCUUGAUUGAUUUUAUCAAUGAAAAUUGACAGCAAUAAAGCGACUGGACAGAACCGACAAUUUGACUAACAGUAAUGAAAUGACAUAAACCAUGGCAGGGUCAUGCCUAUAAGUCAAAAGUCGGAUGGAUAACCCUUAUUUUUUUCCCCGAAAAUUUUACAUGUAAUUUAACUUAUUACGAAAGUGAGAAUUUUUCUGAUUCCUCUUUUCAUCAGAUUUGUUAAUCCGAAAAUUUUGGGUUUCCUUUUUCUACGAAAAAUAGCCCUAGAGAGUGAAUGUGAAAAAUUAAACUCCGGAAAAUUGUAGGGAAUUAAUUAGGUAAGCUUCCAAAAUUGUACAUGGAUGGAACGAUCAUCUAGCAAUUUUCAGCCGUCCUCAGUUAUAGAAAAUUCAAGGCAAUAUUCACUUCUCCGAACAGAUAUUUUACAGAAAACAGUAGUUGGAUGCCCCUGGAAUUAUGUUAUGGGUACGGCGUAACUGACACUGACGACCAAAAAGCAAUAACAUCGCAAAGAUGACUACUUCAAACGUUGCAUGACGAACACUUUCUUGCACUUUCUUAUUAUCAAAGGGAUUGUUACCGUGAGCAAGUAAUCCGUCGUAGACUUUUAUAAUGAAUUGAAUGUUUCAUCGAAUUUAUCAUCUCAAAACAUCAAAGAGAGAUUGGAUAUGGUUAAUGUGUAUAAAUACACUGAAUUAUAGUCAUUAUUUUAUAUUCGUAGUACCCUAUCAAGAGCUAGAGGGAGUUCAUUGGAGACAUGUCAACUCAAAAGAAAGCCUCAGGAACGUCCAGACUGAAAAUGAUGAGCAACCUAAAGACGUUAUGGUAGCAUGUAGUAAAGAGAAUAAAAAUAAACAAGGCAUUUGA